UUGCCCGCAGGUUCAGCCCAGCGAUGCACCCAUUAAAAACAGUUUCAUCCUCACGGAUUCUCCGCCGAACGAACGAUUCGUGCAGCCUGCACCCCCGUUUUCCCCCCUCGGUGACGGAUUUUUUUUUACCAACGCCUCCGUUACGCAUUUGCAAAUCCGGGAAUCUCGAGAUAAUCCUCUUCCAAGUCUAAUUUGGAUGCACGGGCAAGCCUUGCAAUUUGCAUCCACAGCUUGAGAAGAGAGGAAACUCACCCACCCACCCAAGCCUUUCUUAACCUCCUCCUCCCUAAAAAUAAACCAUGAACUGGAGCUCCGGGAGCUGGACCACCUCCUCGUUUGUUUGGUUUUUAAAACCCUCUUCUUUAAGAGCGUGCAAACCACAAACUCACUCUUCAACCAUAGAGCUCCUAGUUCCUCUCUGUUCCUAGCGAUCACCAGGAAAUACAACGGAGAGGAGGAGGAGGAGGAGGAGGAAUAGGGGGGGUUAAAUUAAUCGGGGACCUUCCUGUUCCCAGCAGCAAACCCCCCACCCCCCAACCAACCAGAGCCGAGAGUUGGGCUUUAGUGGAGUCGCUUGCAGCGGCUCGGAUCCUCCCGCGGUGCUUAGGCGCCCCGGGGACGUGACCUGGGUUCCUUUCAUCCCGGGUUAAAAAAUACAUUCUGGCUUGAAAAUCCUCAUUUUGAGAUGGCGCAUGAAGAUCCUGGCAUUGCAGAGAUCCAUGGCUCAGAUAACAGUAGAAUCAUAAGGAGAGUCUACAUAGCUGACAGAGGCGUGGUGCGCAAGAGUGAAGAUGAUUUGAAGCAUGAGGCCAUCCAGUCCGCAAUACAGAACAGACAAUCCACCUGGAGGGCAAGUUCACAACAGGAAGCCUCUCUAGAACGGCAGGGGAAUCUGUUAGUCUCUGGCAACUACGGUGAGAGCGAUAUGGCUGGAGCAACCAGCGUUGUCUCCCGGUCCAGCAAGCAGCGCCCCUUUAUUUGCAACGAGUGUGGCAAGAGUUUCAGCCACUGGUCGAAACUGCUACGGCAUCAGCGCACGCACACUGGCGAGCGUCCCAGCACUUGUACUGACUGUGGCAAGAGCUUCUCGCAGAACUCGCACCUGGUGCAGCACCGGCGCACCCACACCGGUGAGAAGCCUUACGUCUGCCGUGACUGCGGCAAGAGCUUCAGCUGGAGUUCCAACCUGAUCCAGCACCAGCGCAUCCACACGGGAGAGCGCCCUUACACGUGUGGGGACUGUGGUCGCAGUUUCACGCAAAGCAAGAACUUGGCCAAGCACCGGCGAACACAUACGGGGGCCCGACCAUUCCGUUGUCCCGAAUGCGGCCGAGGCUUUGCACACAGUGCUGGCCUGAUCAAGCACCAGCGUUUGCGCCAUGACACGGACUCCCCCAUUGGCCACCCAUGUCCAGAAUGUGGACAACGCUUCCGAGCUCCUUCAGAAGUGGAACGUCACCGUGUUGCCCAUCACGGAGCCACCCCAUCAGAGCCUUUCAUCUGUGUGGAAUGUGGGGAAUGUUUCACCAAGAGCACUACCCUUAUCCGCCACAAGCGAGUGCACAAACCGAUAUUUGUGCGUUGAGGGUUUCUCCCUCUGGUAGGAUGUGAAUUCUGAACGAUGUCCAGGUUAGUAGCCUGGAGACUGAGGAUAGUUUGGGGUCCAGCGUGACUCUGCAUCCUGGAUCUCACUUGCCUAGAUCAAAGGUCAUGUGUGAGCCAGUGUAUCCAACUAGGGAGCAGCAAGAAGGGGAGGAGGCAGGAAAUUCAGCUUGGAGCUCAGGUCUCUGGUCAUUUGUUGGAAGAAAAACUGUGUCCAGAUCUUAAUCUAUCUUCUGAGGCAGGAUCAAAAAAUAGUUCUCACUGACCAUCUGAGAACUAGUAGGCUGUUACUGUAAAUAAAGUUUUUUGUUAGAAGCCAUAAGAAUUUUGAGAAGGCGGGAGAAGAAACCUGAUCUUCAGUCAAAGAUUUAUUGGGACUUCAAAGGAAAAAAAUGAGUAAGGAAGUAUAACCUUAAAAAUAACCUUUGAGUUAUUUUUGUUUGGAAAGGUAUGUGAAGUGAGGAAAAAGUGAGGGCACUGAAGAGUGGAGGAAUCGGAGGAUUGAAACCCGUUUUGUGCAAUAAAGUGUUUUGUAUCCCCUAAUCUCAGUUGCUUUCACUCUUAGUUUCCUUAUGAUUAUCUUUCCAGUAGAAAACUAGGCAGAGUGUGUCAGAAAUGGAAUAUGGACCAAACAUUGAAUAGACAAUAGAUCUACACUGCUGAAAAUGUGGAGGUACACAGCAGAAGAGUAAAUUAUGAUUGUGGGAGCUACUAUAUUAAGUAGAAAUAUUAAACAGAUAUGAGCCACCAAAUAUUUGGGCUUUUUAAAAGAAGUUUUCUCCAGGACAGGAAUGGUCUGUUAUUAUUAUUAGUAAGGAGUAGGAUGUUUUGAUGCCACAUACUAUAAUUGGAUGGUGAUGAGCUCUCUACAUUUUCCUAAUACUUUCCAAGUGUCAAGUGACUUAAACCAACCUAAAGCCUUUGUGUUUUUGUUUCCCUCAGAUCAUGUCUCUAGAGCGAACCUAUGACACACAUGCCCAUGGCACGCAGAGCCAUGUUGCCUGGCACAUGUGUCGUUGCCCGUUCCUCUUCUGUGUUUCUGGCGCGCACGACGAUCAGCUGAUCUUUUUGCAUGCAGCAGUGCCAGAAACUGGAAGAGCUGGUCUUCUGUUUUCCUUCAUGAACAUGCGUGCCGGCCAGCUGAUCGUCGCAUGCGCAUGCGUGCCAGAAACCCGGAAGAAUAGCUGGGUGAAACCGGAAAUUCAUUUUUGAGUGCAUGGAUGCACCCUGGGCAGCUCCUCUUCUGGGUUGCAGCCCAGAUGCACGUGUGCUCCCUUUUGGCACUUGGUGCUGAAAAGGUUCGCCAUCACUGCUCUAGAGCUUUGCAGUUUGAUAUUGAGCAAAAGAUCCAGUCUAAACAUCAAAAAUUAGUGAGAGGAAAUUUUAACUAGAUAAAUUGCUGACAAUUUCUAUCAAAGCUUAAAUAUAUAUUAUACUAUUGCAAUUCAAUAUUAUAAUACCGUGUUUCCCCCAAAAUAAGACCGUCUUAUAUUUUUUUGAACCCCGAAAUAAGCCCUUAAGCCUUAUUUUCGGGGAGGUCUUAUUAUUUUGGGGCAUGUGGAGCAAGAUGGGGCUCCUCUUGCCGUCUUACCUGAUUUCCAGCUCUGCGUUUAAAUAUUUUUGGGGAGGGUUUGUUUUCAGGACAGACUUAUUUUAGUGCAUGCGCUCAAAAGCCCGCUAGGCCUUAUUAUUAGGGGAUGUCUUAUUUUCGGGGAAAUUGUCAGCAUUAAGAUACUAAAUCAAAGGUUCUUACCUGUAGCUGUGAGUUUAUAAAGUUAAGAGAGAGCUGUGGUGGCGCAGUAGUCAGAAUGCAGUAUUGCAGGCUAAUUCUGCUGACUGCCAAUUGCCAGCAAUUCAGCAGUUUGAUUUUCACCAGGGUCAAAAUUGACUGAGCCUUCCACCCAUCUGAGGUUGGUAAAAUGAGGACCCAUAUUGUCAGGGGCAAUAUGUUGACACUGUAAACCGCUUAGAGAAGGCUGUAAAGCACUGUGAAAUGGUAUAUAAGUCUUAAGUGCUAUUGCUAUUUUUAGAGUGGGUGUUCUAAGAAAACAGCAACCGUUUCCCUUGCUUAUCACCCUUGAAACAUUUUUUUGCAGACUCAAGAACCCAUGUUGUUCAAAUUCAGAGGAAAAUUGCAAAAUAGAGCUAUGAUUUCCCUUUUGAAAUGAUGAAAUAUCAAAACUGGUGUCCUUAAAAACCAGUGUCCAAAACCUGGUGUUCAAACCACAGGAUCCCGCUUGGGAAGCAUCCACCAAAGUGAAAAUAACCCAUCUUGAGCUGUUUUUAUUCUAAAUAUUUUGUGUACUUUUAGUGAAACCUCAUGUCAGGAUUUGAGAGGCAGUAGAGUGCCUCAGACAGUAGAGUUCUGGACAAAAGUGGAAUGCUUUUUUUAAAAAAAGGCAGGAUGAAAUAGUCUGGUAGUAAGGUGGGAGAUAACCAGGGAAUGAGCUACAGUUUAAUUCUGAGAAAGGAAAUACUUUCAGAUUGGCUCAUUCCACCUAAUACAGGUUUGGCUAAGUAAGUGACAAGGCACUAUUGCCUGUUUGUCUUGACUUAGGUAUAAAAGUCAGCUGAAUGACUUUGGGCCACUCACUCUCUCAGCCCAUCCUACCUCAUGCGGUUGUUCUACAAAAAAUAGGAGGAAGGAGUAUUAUGUAUGUUCACUGCCUUGAAUUAUUUAUAAAAGUAAUAAAGGAAUGAUAGAAAAAAAAA